AUUGAUCGGGCGCGACGUCACGCGUGCGCGCGAACGAAGCGAACGAAGCGAACGACGCGACCGCUCGAUCGAACGGCGCGACGACGCGAACGACGCGACCGCUCGAUCGAACGGCGCGACGGCGCGACGCGCGCCGGCGCGACGAAUCGAAUUCGCGUCGCGCGAUUCGUUGAAUUGCGAUUGCGCAUCGACGGUCGACGGUGAACCAUGGCGAACGCGCUGAUCGCGUUUACGCUCGCGAACGCGGCGUGUGAGCUGGUGACGCCGAUACGGUACGCGCGGACGAUGACGCUGUGGAGCCGAGGACGCGGGGAUUGCGGAGAGACGGCGAAGAUUGGAGCGGUGUGCGGGUACCUGAUUCAAAUCGCGGCGACGUUUACGUGGUACGAACUCGCGGUGCUGGGAAUCAUCCCGGGCGGCGCGAGCGACGGUACGGUGGACUUUGAAUUGCGAUUGAUACAUCAAAUGUUCACGUACGUGACAUUCGGAGCGGUGUUCGCUAUUUGGCUGGACGACCUCGCCGUCGUCGGCGCGCCCGUUUCGUGGUGCUCGUCGCUGGCGAGAUUGUACCAGUUCUUCUCGACGCGAAUGAUCGCGUGCAUGAUGAUCAUGGCGAGUCGAAAAACGCCAACGGCGUGGCAUCCGUUCUGGACCGCGGCCGGUUACACGGCCAGCGCGGUAAAGGGCGCGGGAACGGACGUAAUUCUUAAAUAUGCGUACUACUUUUGCCGAGCUGGGUUCAGCGUUGUGUCCAUGGCGAUAGCGCUGACGGGGGUAUUUUACUGGAAUCCAGUUCGCGCCUGGUUUAUCCGCGUAGAAGAUUCUCAAUCGCGCGCGAGUCGCACUUCGAACCGCAAGGAGAUGAUGCGAACCAUCUUUUGGCACUGUGCGUUUGGUCUGAUUUUCAGCGCAAUUUGGAUCACGGCGUCGAAUUCAGGAAUUCCUCGCAUCGAUGCCAUCAAGGGGGCAUCUAGAUCUACCAUGUCUACGCAUUACUUCGAGCCUUGGAUUCCGGGACACCAGAUCAUCCACGCGAAGAAUCACGGGCAAACGAUGAUAGCGGUUGCAUACGCCACUUUUAUCGCGUACUCAUUGAACUAUAUGGACGACGGCGGUUUGUGGAUCUCAAAAGUUCUCUCAAUUCAACUGCCCGCCCAGAUUUACAACUUUUUUGUUGUUAUUUACAUCAUCGUCGCCCUUGGUGGUGGAACCAUCUUUCAUCCAACCUGGUACACGAAUGGUUGGGCCCCAAGCUGGGCGACACAUCGUAUGCUGGAUUGGCUCUUCUUCGUUGGUACUGGUCAUCUGACUAUUUUCGGUGUUCCACUCAUCACGUACGCGCUUCUCAAGCAUCUCAGUAUUCCCGAAUUUAAGCCGUAUGCGACUGCUUCCAUGGGCUUCUUUACCAAGUGCAUGCGUCAUGGAAUGGUAUCAAUUUUGUUUUCUGGGCUGUGGAUGAUGGCCGUCAGUACGGGCGUGCCCAUGCCAGAUGCCAAACUCACAGCCAUGUUUGGACUUCCCCCUCUACACAAACUCGACGUGCGAGAAACUAUCAAGAUGCAUCACGUCGAUAUCAUCGUGAGCAUAAUUAUUAUGGCGAACGGUUACGCCGUGCUGGCUCUCGACCGCGUUGUUCAGCUGGAUUACAAGCUGCAUCAAUUCAUCACUGUCGUAUGGAAGCACUCGAUGACCAGUCGAUGGGUGUACUUUUGGUGUGCGAAAAUUCUCUUGCAUAGCGGCGAGCGUUUUACUACACCGAACGUUAUCGCCUCGCUCUUGCGCUUCCGAUCGCAAGUUAAGUCUACCAGCAGUGACAACUGGUUUUUCGUUUUGAUCGCCGUCAUGGAACUGUACUCUUUCACCGCGAUGAUGCUCUUAUUUCUCUUCACACUCACCCGAAUGGCUCGUGCCAGUGUGGCUUACUUGAGAAAUAACGGCCAAGGUCAGGUAAACUGGACAACCGGCCUGAAGCAAGAAUAGUCCGUGAGCAAUGGACUUAAUUAAAAACUUUCUGCGACUUACUACUCUUUACAUCAACUGAAAACGGUCAAGAAGUGUUCGCACACCGGUUGCUAUACAAAAGCCGUUUGUGCACUUUUGCCAUAGCAUUCUGGAACCUUGUGCGACUUCGAAAAGGAUGCUUGAUACAAUACAUAUGAAUAUGCUAUGACUAUU